AUGGGUCAUAAGUUUAGGUUAAGUCGUACAAAAUUUAAUGGAAAAGAUGAGUUAAAGGAUUCCCCAGCAACACUAACAGGGUCAGAAAUAUUGGAACAACUUGAAGGCAUCAAUGUUUCAUUCAGGAAGAAACUACAGACAAGUAAAGGUAGGAGGACUCGACAAAAAAUUGUUGAAGGAGAUGAUGAAUCGGGGAUGUGGAGGAAGAAAAGCAUAUUUUUUUAUCUUCCUUAUUGGGAGUCUAACUUAUUGCGCCACAAUCUAGAUGUUAUGCAUAUUGAAAAGAAUGUUUCCGACAAUGUGUUAUACACUUUGCUCAAUGAGACUGGAAGGUCAAAGGAUAAUCUCAAAGCUCGUAAGGAUCUUAAAGAAAUGGGUAUAAGGAAAGAUUUAAGACCAGAUGAAAAUGGAGAUAUCAUCCAUCUUUGUUCACAAUAUAAAGUUACUGCAGUGCUAAUAGAGUUGUCUUCAUUCUUUCAACAGCUGUGCUCUAAAAGCUUAAGUCUUACUGAAUUUAAAAAGCUCCAACCUCGAAUAAUCGUUACCCUUUGUCAUUUAGAAAUGUUGUUCCCUUCUUCUUUCUUUACAAUCAUGGUUCAUUUAACAUGUCAUCUAGUUGAUGAAGCAAAACUUGGAGGACCAGUACACUAUAGGUGGAUAUAUCCUAUUGAGAGGUAUUCAGGAUAUUUGAAGUCCUAUGUACGAAACAAAGCUAAAUCAGAAGGUUCUAUAGCUGAGGGAUAUGUGGCUGAAGAAGCUCUUACAUUUUGUUCUCGAUACUUAGAAGGGAUUGAGAUAAGAUUUAAUAGGCUACCACGUGUUGAUGAUCGUCUGGAUGGUAAUUACAGUACACAUGUUGAUUCGUUUUUUCCACAAAUGGGUAACUUUAAGGGAGCUUUCACACUUAUGAACCCAGACAUUAUAAAUACUGUGCAUGAGGAUUUGAGAUACUUAGUUAGAGGUUUAUCACGAUAUGCCAUGAGGUUUUCUACAUUUAGUAUCAAUGGGCUCUCCUUUCGAACUACCAAUCGAGACAAUGAGUUAAAGACCCAGAAUAGUGGAGUUUUCUUAAUGUCUUCAACUCCUUGUGUUGCUAGCGCUAGUGAUGCUAAUGUUAGGAAUGUUGAUUUGUCAUAUUAUGACAAAUUAGAAGAUAUUAUAGAACUAAACUACAAUGGCCGAUUUUGGGUUACUUUAUUCAAAUGUAAAUGGGCUGACACCACUAGAGAACGGGACUGUAGAAAGGAUAGUUGGGGUUUUACUUCUGUUAAUUUUUCACGAGUAAUACACAGUGGUGACCGAGAGGAGGAUGAUCCAUAUAUUGAAGCCUCACAAGCUCGAAUGGUGUAUUUUGUCAAUAAUGAAGUGAAUAAAGAUUGGAGUGUUGUCGUACAUUUGAAGCCAAGAGACUCAUAUUAUAUGGGGAAAAUGAAGAUGAUGAAGCAUGCGAGAAUAAGCCAUGGUUAG